GCGGCCCCGGGCGCGGGGCGGCGGCGGCGGCUGGAGUCGCCAUGGGGCCGCGCGGGGCGGCGCGGCUGGCGGCGGCGCUGGCGCUGGCGGCGGCGGGGGCGGCGCUGGGGCUGCGGGCCCGGGCCCCCCGUGGCGGCACCGGCGGGCUGGCGGCGGCGGCGGGCGGUGAGGCCUGCGGCGGCCUGCGCGGCGUCCCGGCCGCCCUCGGCAACAACACGCACCAGUGUGUCUUCGAUGACCUCAGCGGCUCCGUGUCACUGUCCUGGGUGGGCGACAGCACAGGGGUCAUCCUCGUCCUGACAACGUUCCAGGUGCCGCUGGUGAUCAUGAGCUUCGGGCAGUCCAAGCUGUACCGCAGCGAGGACUACGGGAAAACCUUCAAGGACAUCACCAGCCUCAUUAACAACACCUUCAUCCGGACCGAGUUCGGCAUGGCUAUCGGCCCAGAGAACUCAGGAAAGGUCAUCUUGACGGGAGACGUCUCUGGCGGCAGUCGUGGCGGCAGGAUCUUCCGCUCAUCUGAUUUCGCCAAGAAUUUUAUCCAGACGGAUUUACCCUUCCACCCCCUGGUGCAGAUCACCUACCACCCCCAAAAUUCGGACUGCCUGCUGGCCCUCAGCACCGAGAACAGCCUCUGGGUCUCCAAGGAUUUCGGAGAGAAGUGGGAGGAGAUCCAUAAAGCCGUCUGCCUGGCCAAGUGGGGUGCGAACAACACCAUCUUCUUCACCACCUACAUGAACAACUCCUGCAAAGCUGAUCUGGGGUUACUGGAGCUAAAGAAAACCUCCGACUUUGGCAAAGCCUUCAAGGUCAUCGGCACCAAGAUUUAUUCCUUCGGGUUGGGAGGACGCUUUCUUUUCGCCUCCGUUAUGACAGAGAAGGGUACCACGAGGCGAAUUCACGUCUCCCUUGACCAAGGCGAGACCUGGAACAUGGCCCAGCUCCCCUCCGUUGGCCACGAGCAAUUUUACUCCAUCCUGGCCGCUAACGACGACCUGGUGUUCAUGCACGUAGAUGAGCCGGGCGACACGGGUUUUGGCACCAUCUACACCUCCGACGACCGUGGCAUCGUCUAUUCCAAGUCCUUGGAGCGGCACCUCUACACCACCACCGGCGGGGAGACCGACUUCACCAAUGUCACCUCACUGCGGGGCAUCUACAUCACCAGCGUCCUCUCCGAAGACAACUCCAUCCAGUCCGUGAUCACUUUUGACCGCGGCGGGGAGUGGGUGCCGCUGCGGAAACCCAAAAACACCACCUGCGACUCCACUGCCAGAAGCAAGGAAGAGUGCAGCCUCCAUAUCCAUGCAUCCUACAGCAUCUCUCAGAAGCUGAACGUCCCCAUGGCUCCCCUCUCUGAGCCCAACGCCAUCGGCAUUGUCAUCGCCCACGGGAGCGUGGGGGGGGCCAUCUCGGUGAUGAGCCCUGACGUCUACAUCUCGGACGACGGGGGCUACACCUGGGCGCGGAUGCUGGAGGGGCCGCACCAUUAUGCCAUCCUGGAUUCGGGUGGUCUCAUCGUCGCCAUCGAGCACACCAGCCAGCCUGUCAACGUCAUCGAGUUCUCGACGGAUGAAGGGCAGUGCUGGUAUAAGUACGCUUUCUCCAAGGACCCCAUCUUCUUCACCGGCCUGGCCUCGGAGCCGGGGGCUCGCUCCAUGAACGUCAGCGUCUGGGGCUUCCGGGGGAACUUCCUCUCCCGCAAGUGGGUCUCCUACACCAUCGACUUCAGCGAGCUGCUCAGCAGGACCUGUGAGGACAAGGACUACACCAUCUGGUUGGCACACUCCAGCGAUCCCAGCGAUCCCAGUGACGGCUGCAUACUGGGCUACAAGGAGCAAUACCGGCGUCUCCGCAAGUCCUCAGUGUGCCAGAAUGGCCGGGACUACAUGGUGACCAAGCAGCCGUCCGUCUGUCCCUGCACGCUGGAGGAUUUCCUCUGUGAUUUUGGCUACUACCGCCUGGAGAACCAGUCUGUCUGUGUGGAGCAGCCGGAGCUGAAGGGCCACGACCUGGAAUUCUGCCUCUACGGCAGACAGGAGCUGCUCAGGACCAGCGGGUAUCGGAAAAUCCCUGGGGACAAGUGUUCGGGAGGGGAGAGUCCGAGCCGGGAGGAGACGGACAUGAAGAAGAAAUGCACCAGCAACUUCCUCAACCCCAGCCAGCUGGCAGCAUCCACCAGCUCCACCCCCAUCAUCCUGGCCGUUGUGGCUGUGCUGCUUGUCACUGCUGUGGCCGGAGUCCUCCUCAUCAAGAAAUACGUCUGUGGGGGCAGGUUCCUGGUCCAUCGCUACUCCGUCCUGCGGCAGCACGCGGAGGCCAACGGCGUGGAGGGGAUGGACGCGCUGGACCCCGGCACCCCGGCCAGCAAGGGUGGCUACCAUGAUGACUCCGACGAGGACCUCCUGGAGUAGCGGCACCAAUGCCGGGGAUGCCACCGUGCUGCCCCCACCAUCCGCCGCGCAGGCAGGGCCCCCCCGCACCUGCUGCCUGCUCUGGCUGGGGCUGACUUUGCUGCUGGGGGGAUGGGGGGGGGGGGCGUUAACUCCACUUUAAUAUUUCCUUCCAGCAUCGAGGGGGGGCUUUCAUGGUCUUUCAUUUUUCUGUUUUCUGAGCUGUUUUAUUUUAAGGACGACUGAGUAGGAAUCGCUGCCCCACGUUGGGAGCAGCCCCCUGACCCCCCCUCUAAUGGCAGCAUCGUCCCAGGGUGCUGGGGUGUCACUGCUGCCAGGGGGCGUUCGGGGGGUGCAGCCAGGCUUGCCUGCCCCCUGCCUGUUUCUUCUCCAAAGCAAUACAAGGUGGGCGGCCUGCACUGCUGCCCCGGUUUGGGGGGGGGGUCCCUAUGGCCAUGGGGUAAUGGCCUGGCUCUGCACACCCCCCCAGUCCCCCUCCCUGUCCCCCCCUGGGCUGGUCUUGGCUGAGGGCAAUGCAGCAAUAAGGAAUUAAAGCUUGAAGCUCUAACGAUGGGCUGGUGGGGGCUUGACCCCGGGUGCCCCCCUGAACUGGCAGAGGUGCAGGCAGGACACAGGCAGGAGGGCAGGGGCUGAGAACAGCCCCCCCCCUUGACCCCUGCCAGGUUUUGGUCCCAGCACUGUUACAGUCUCCUUACACUGGAACUCCCCUUUUUUUGGGGGGGUGCACCCCACGACAGCCCCCCAUCUCCGCUGCGGUGCAGGGGCGUUAUGUGAACCCCCCCAGCCAGGGUGCGGGGGCUUUGCCUGACACACACACACACACACACCCCCCCCGGCUGGGCAUGCAGUGGCCUGGGGAGGGCAGCAGAACCCUCAGCGCCUCAUGACCCGCCACAGCUAUCGUGAUAUGGCUGUGCUGUUGUGACAUACAGCUUCCGCUCUCGCCCCAGUGACUGUGCAAAGCCUGCUUCCCCCCCCCCCCCCAGCACGGUAUGGCACAUCGGGUGCUGGUGGGAUGGGGGGGCCGUGGCCCAGCACCUCCUGCAUGUGCUUCAGCAUCCCCCUGGGACUUGCCUGGGGCCAGGGACAGAGCAUCACCCCCUAACUGAAAGCCAUAGGCCUGUGCCCCCCCUCCCCCAGUGUGUCCCCCCUGGCCUGGCUGGGGGGGGGGGGGGCACACUGAGGCCAGUGCAGAGUCCUGUAAAUAAACCUGGAUGUGU